UCCCAUAAACAAGUGGUUGACAUUAUAACUCUUUUGUCCAGUUGUUAUCCCCAACUCCAAGUACCCCACACCCCCUUUACUCCCAUAACUCUAACCCUUCAAUAAAAUCCCUCAACUUAUUCAAAUUCCUAAUCUGCCAUAUCCAAUCAGUGUAGUUUUUUCACCAUUCUCAGUGCUAGCUGCUCAAGGGGUUCACCAAAUCAAAAUCCAACAACUUUAAUUAGGAACCAUAACCCUAACCCUAAAGAUUUGUGGCCUUUGUUUUCUUCAAAAUCACUUCCCAAUGAACCUAGACUUAACCCCCACCUCCACCAAAAGUCCUGAUGACACUGAAAUUGAUACCCCACCACACACAAAUGGUCAGCCCAUCAACUCUUUAUCCUUCACCAACGGCGAAAUCAACCACCACCACCGCCCACCGCCACCGCCACCGCCCCUGGUGGUGACUUACAAGGAAUGCAUGAAGAACCAUGCAGCUAGCCUGGGGGGCCACGCGGUGGACGGCUGUGGGGAGUUCAUGCCUUCACCCUCAGCCACACCCACCGACCCCACCUCGCUAAAAUGCGCCGCCUGUGGUUGCCACAGGAAUUUCCACCGCCGGGAGCCUGACUCCCCUACCACCGCAAUCACCCCACCGUUUCUCGAUUUCCGUCACCCUCCUUUGUCUAAGCGGUUUUCUCUUUCACCCUCCCCACCACCACCACCGCCUCAGCCUCCACUUUCUUAUGGAGCCCACCUGUUGUUUGGCCUAAGCACGGCGGUGGGGGCGGAGGAACACCACCAGGCGCCCGUGACCCCGACCGCGGAGAACCCAGUUGGCAGGAAGAGGUUCAGAACAAAAUUCAGUCAAGAACAGAAGGAAAAGAUGCAUUCUUUCUCAGAAAAGCUGGGGUGGAAAAUGCAGAAGAGCGACGAAGUGGCGGUAAGAGAGUUUUGCCAGGAAAUAGGAGUCCCGAAAGGGGUGCUGAAGGUAUGGAUGCAUAACAACAAGAACACAUUCGGCAAGAAAGACACCGGCGGCGGCGGCAUUGCGAACGGAAAAGUAAUAAGCUUGGAGAUUAAUAGCGGCGGCGACGGUGGCAGAAAUAGUGAAGAAAGAAAGACCGAAAACGGCAAUGGAGUUCAUCAAUUUCAUGGUUCCAACAAUGAGCCUUCUUCUUCUUCACCUUGAUCUUGAGGAUGUUAUCACUUAAUUGUAGGUAAAUUAAGUGGAGGUAAUUCCAAUUAUGUGUGUUGAUUGGCUAAGUGAUUAACAGCAAUCAAACACUGUUAUGCAUAUAUAAUGCAGGAUAAUUAAGCAAUAAAGAUUAAUUAACAAUUUUUCAGGGGGAA